AUGUGCUUCCUCUUCCACGAGGAUAUAAAGCGCGACCUGCCGCCCCAGAUCCGCAAGCUGGUCAAGUUUUUCGGCCAGGCGUACUCAGACGAGCAGGUAGAUCAGCUGUUCGCGCACUUGCUCUUCGACAACUUCAAGACGAGCCCGUACGUCAACCAUGAUCAAGAACGGCGGGUCGGCCAGGCCUGUCGGGCGCAAACCGCGCACAGGCCUGCGAUGGCCAUCCGGAGCCUGUCCCGCUCGCGCCUGAUGAGGCUCGGCCUCACGCUCACCCUGAUGUGCGCUGUUCAAGUGCUUUUAUCUGCACGCCGAAAGGAGAAGAGGGAGAGGGUGGGCCUGCCCACCGAUGUUGACAGUCCAGUCGAGUCCGUCUGCCGGCCAGACCUGCGGGUGAACGUCCUGCCACCGAUGGCCAACAACAGCCGCACCGUGCUGAGGGACCUCUUCACGUAUAUCACCACGCCCCACGAGAAGACGUGUCGAAAAAUCACCCGCUUCGGCGGUCAGACAACUUGGUUCUGGGACCGAACAGCUGGGUCUGAUGGUCAUAAGUACGUCUGUAUGGACCCGGAGUUCGACAUCCUCGGCACCAACCAAUGUCUGGUCUACUCCUUCGGAAUUUCCACCGACUGGUCCUUCGACUGGGACAUGGAACGGUUCGGCUGCUCCGUCUUUGCCUUCGACCCGUUUGUCCGCGAGAAGGCCGGUAACCAGAACGGCACCAUCGUGCUCUACAAGUACGCCAUCGGGUCGGCGAGCAAUGCCGAUAACGAAGUCAACGCGCGCAGCUCCGCGCGCGACGACGGACGACCGACGGUGGCGAUGGCGAAACCGUCGCCGCGCCUCUCACGCUCCCUGUAG